AUGUCAGCUGCAGAUGUUCCAUACGAACGAAUACAUACUCCUCAAGAUCAUUCUCCUGGUGCGGCCGACACCAACCGAAGGAAGCAACAGUCACAACAGCCACGUCAAUUGCUAUCAUGCACGAAGUGUAGAGAGCGCAAGGUCAAGUGUGAUCGCACAAAGCCAUGCUCGGCAUGUUGUGCUCGUGGCUCUCCGCGGGACUGCUACUUUAUCGCAGAGGACGGCAACUAUGCUCCAAUCCAGCAAAGUUACGAGCUUCGGAAAUUACGCGCCGAGAACCUACGACUCAAAGAACGACUACGCUCCUGCCAAAUACCGCUGGAUGACGAUGACGCUGGCCGCGAAAUCUCACCCGACUCUGUCUCCAGAGACGGCGCCGCUACAUCUCACAAGCGACGCACAACCAAGCAGAAACGCUUUCAGACUUCAGAAUGGCAAGACAGCAUCUAUUUUGGCUCGCCAGGGCUGGCUACUGUCGUCAGCGAUUUCAAUGCAGCGGACACCAGCUGUCUACCAUUAUCCUACACAACACCUCGCGGCUCGGAUAUGUUCCGCAGCUCGCCAACGUACCCCUACCCUACUCUUUUCAGUGCUGCACCAGACGAAUGUUUUCCACAACUACUAAGCUGUCUGCCUGAGAGGGAAGAACUUAUGGAAUACUUGAGAACUUUCCAGAGACGAGUCUAUCAAGUGCCUGCGGAGAUGACGAAUAAUGAGGUAGAAGACUUCCUGUCGGACGCCAGAAAGAAUUCUGAGCUCUAUCCGACUACUUUGGCUUUCCUGUUUGGGCUUAUCGCACUGGGGGCACAGCACUCAACGUGGGAUAGAGGAGGAGGACAAUGGAAUGUCAAAGUCAUCGAAGUCGAAACGCAGAAGAGCAAUGUCUACAUCGCAGCAGCGAUGCAAGCUUUACGACUGGCCGCAUUUACACACAAACCUUCCCUCUCGUCCAUUCAAACGCUGCUCAUGAUCGGAAGUUAUCUGACCAACGAUGGAAGAAUGCUAGACGCAUACACUUUAUUCGGUACUACUAUUCGCCUCGCCCAUUCGAUUGGUCUUCAUCGCCACCCGAAGUAUCUUGAUCCGGCGCCUACAAACGAGAAGGACUGCGCGGUGCGACAAAAGGUGUGGUGGCAUAUGUUGCACCUAGAUGAACACAUGUCCAUGACGCUCGGCAGACCUCUUGGAAUAACCGGCAUUGGAGAUAACCCUUGGCCAGUCGGACUGACGACUGAUCCGGUUUUGCUACGUUUUGGCGAAUUCGUCAACCAUUUCACCGUAUUGGCCAGGCAGAUCAUGAGUUGCGACCGCUUGACGAGUGCCAGGAUUGAUGAGCUUACAGACGCAAUUCGAAGAUUGCUGGAUACGGUGCCUGAAACGCUGCAAUUCAAUGACACCUGGAUGUACCCUGAGACUAAUUUGCCUGAUCUGUACGCUAUAGCUAUUGGGUACUUCUGUAAAGCGCACACGUACAUCGUGCUCUUGAAUCGGCAGAGAUUCGAGAAGUACACCACCCAGGACGCUGUGCCUAUUGGCGCAGAUAGUGCGACAGCAUUCCAGGCUGUCAACCGCUUCCAGCCAGAGACAUGGCCAGCACUAGCCGCUCGUCGCGCAAGAACGCUAGUAAUUGCUUCAUCGGAAGCUGUUCUUACCGCCUUCAUCUUCUUUUAUCACCGAGAUCCAGCAGCGCUGAUCAAUUGGACUCUAGCGCAACAGUCCUUCAACAGUUCCAUGAUCCUCCUAUUGGACGCCAUAGAAUACCGGACAAUCACCGUUGGCGCCAUGAAGGCAGAACAAGCAUUCGUCAUCUUUAAAGAUCUCUACGAGAACAACGUGCAUAGCCUUGCCGGACUAGCCGUGGAAAAGAUCAGCUGGGGUUUGCAAGAGCUGCGUACAGCCGUUACAAAACAACCUGGCGUCCAACCACGAAAACAGGGAAACGCGGCAGCCCAAGAACCUGGCAAGGGUGAAUCGACAAGGAUUUCGAGUAGAAGUGAUACGGUCAUGGGCCAUAUGGAAAUGCCUCUGCUCGAAGGCCCUGGUCAACAUUCUAUCCAAGACGUAGCGCUAACCUCAGCCCAAUUUGGAGACCAACAACAAGGGCCAUCUUAUCUCCACACGGCAGAUCAGAAAGAAACAGCAUCGUCCAAGGAGGAAGCUGACAGUUCUAGACCAGCGGACAUCAUGCAGGGUCUCCGCAGAUCGACCACGUUGCGACCAGCGCCCACAAGAUACGCGACAAGGUCCGGGGACGGUUACAUGCAGCCGCAUGGUUACACGGCUCCAGCAUCGCCCUCUGACUUCUCCGUGUUGCAUGGACACGUGAGGAAAGAUACGAUGGGUCCUCACGAGUGGCAAACCUCUCAAGGAGAAGAGAGAACCACUCCGCUUCACUUAUACAACCAGUUACAGAUGGUCACAGCAUCAGCAGAACCGGAGAACGACAUGUUUUGGAAUCAAAGCUGGCACUUUGAAACUCCGGACGGAAGUCAAGGACAUGAAACCCCACCUUCCUCAUGGAGCCAUCCGCGAGAAGAGUGCCACAGCCUGCAUAGGCACAGAUCCUGUCCCGGAAUCCCUCCAACCAAUGCACACCCGCCACUCUUGAGGCCGCAUUAUUCCCUUCCGAGCGAAAAUGAUAGAUCAACGGCCCGAACAUCGCGAAACACACCACUGCGGACUACUAGCUCAGGAGAUUACACCCCCUUCGAUACACCUCAACAUCCCUCUUACGAUUCGGAUCCGAGACCUUACCACCACUUCGCCUCUAGCUCUGCAGUACCGUUACCGAUGUCGAGUAUCGCCGAGGCCGCAAGUAUAUGUUCGCCGACCAUUCACGGGAUGUCCCAACAGGGAGAGCAAGUGCAUAUGAGAUGCUCGGUCGCUAUACAUCCAUCGACUGUGGGUCCUCUAUCCUCGCUUACGCCUCUAGCCGAGAGCCGCGACAUGGAUGAUUGGAGUGGAUUCAUAGGUAGUGAGGGGUUUAGAUAA